AUGCGUAUUAUUUUACCUCACAAGCACUCUAACACAUACCUCUCCUGGGCCAUAUACCUCCCAUGGACGUUCUGGGAUCUACUAAACAAUUUAUAUAACGCUUUCUGUGAAAUCACUUGUGCAGAUUGGGGAUGCAGAGGAUGUCUCAGAGGGGAGAAGUGCAGGAGUGGCAAGCAUGGCGUCAUUGAGGAUGAGAAGAAAGAUGUUACCUGUCAGUGUGAUUCCAUAGUGAAAUGCAGAGGCGUGGCACCGACGCUCUACCAGUACGGAUUCAGCUUCGGCGAGGCGUCGACGUUGAAUGGUGGUAGCACAGCGAAAAAGUGUAAGGAUUUCUGCAGUCAAUUGAAGAAAGUGCUGCAGUCACAGUACUUCAAGGAUUUGUUCAAGGAGUGUGAUGAAUUCUUGAAACAGAUCAGAUGGCCAUUUAUGCUAACGUUAUUAGCCCUCUGGUCGCUGUCGCUCCUGUACCUGCUGCACAUCGCCGUCGUCCGCCUCGACGUCCUGAGGAUACGCUCGCACCUAAAAUCACCCGCAAGCCACCGCAUCGCCGCGCAGUCCCUCCUCGCCGCCGCACGCGUCAAGGCACUCGCCAACGUCAAGUACUUCUCACCAUAA